AAGUCGAUCGCACCGGAGCGGGGAUCGUCUCUCGCCCCCUCCGUCUCACAGCAGUACAGCCAUGGCAAACUUCACCCAGGAUUCCGCAGACGACGUCUGCAUUGCUACCAUCCGUACCCUCGCCGCGGAUGUCGUCGGUGCUCCCAUGGGGAUGGCACCAAUUGCCCACGUCCUCUUCUCUCGCUUCUUCAACGCUAACCCCAAGAACUCGAAGUGGUUUAACCGUGAUCGAUUUGUUCUCUCUAACGGCUGUGCCCUGCAGUACAUUAUGCUCCAUCUGCUCGGCUACAAGUUGUCCAUGGAUGACCUGAAGCAGUUCCGUCAAGUUGAUUCGCUGACUCCCGGCCACCCUGAGACUGGGCACACAGAUGGUAUCGAAGUCACCACCGGCCCUCUUGGUCAGGGAUUCGCAAACGGUGUCGGCCUGGGCAUCGCGCAGGCGCACCUGGCUGCGACGUUCAAUAAGGAUGGGUUUGACAUCAUAAACAACUACACAUAUGUGUUCACCGGCGACGGGUGCUUGAUGGAGGGCGUUGCCAGUGAGGCGGCUAGUCUUGCGGGGCACUUGCAGCUUGGUAACCUGAUUUACUUCUACGAUGACAACCACAUCUCUAUUGACGGUGACACCGCCGUUGCCUUUACUGAGAACGUCGAGCAGAGGUUCCUCUCGUACGGCUGGCAGGUCCUACACGUCGACGACGGUGAUCGUGAUUUGGAGGGUAUUUACAACGCCGUCGUCGAGGCCCAGAAGAGAAGAACAAGCCCACUCUUAUUCGCUUGCGAACAACCAUCGGUUACGGCUCCAAGCAGCAGGGACACAUGGUGCUCUGAAACCAAGUUCGGCCUUCCCGCGGACAAGACCUUCUACGUUCCAGAAGACACCUACAAGGUCUAUGCCGCAAAGAAGUGGGAUGCGCUGUUCGCUUCCUACGGCCAGAAGUAUCCGAAGGAGCACGCCGAGCUCUCGCGCCGCAUUGCAGGCAAGCUUACGGAGGGCUGGGAGAAGUCCCUGCCCAUCUACAAGCCGUCGGAUGCUGCCCAGGCGUCGCGCAAGUUGUCUGAGAUCGUGCUGACCGCCAUUACCCCGAUCUUGCCUGAGCUCAUAGGCGGCUCCGCCGACCUACGGGCAGCCAUGAUCGACUUCCAGCCUGAGAGCACUGGCCUCGGCAGCUACAAGGGACCACGGUAUGGGUGCAUUGCGAACGGCAUGCACGCAUACGGCGGUGUCAUUCCGUUCGUCGCGACCUUCAUGAACUUCGUUUCGUACGCGGCAGGUGCUGUUCGGCUAUCGGCUCUCAGCAAGCACCAGGUCAUCUGGGUUGCUACUCACGACUCCAUCGGUCUGGGCGAGGACGACUGCGGCGCACUUCCGCGCCAUGCCAACAUCGACUUCUGGCGCCCGGCCGACGGCAACGAGACGUCGGCGGCGUACUAUAUGGCGCUCACGCGCAAGCACACCCCGUCGAUUCUCUCGCUGUCGCGGCAGAACCUCCCCAACCUCGAGGAGUCCACGCUCGAGCGUGCCUCGAAGGGCGGCUACGUUGUGCUCGAGGAGCAGGGCGAGGAGCUGACGAUCGUCAGCUCGGGUAGCGAGGUCAGCAUCGCGCUGGAGGCGGCUGUGCAGCUCAAGUCGGAGGGUGUCAAGGUCCGGGUGGUCAGCCUGCCGUGCUGGUCCAUCUUCGACCUCCAGCCCCAGGAGUACCGCCUGAGUGUCCUCCGGAGCGGUGCGCCGAUCCUUGCGCCCUUCGGAUGGCAGAAGUACAGCCAUGAGCAAUUCGGCAUGUUUGGCUGGGGCGCGUCUGGUCCGUACAAGAAGAUUUACGAGAAGUUCGGCCUUACGGGCAGCAACAUCGCUUCGGUCAGCAAGAAGGUCAUCACCUUCUACAAGCAGAAGGGCGGUGAGGUUGUGUCUCCUCUGGUGAAGGCUCUGUAAAGGAUGAGCUGAGCGGUUCUCGGGUGAACGAGGUCAUUCGGAAGAUGUGAGGCAAAUGUAAUUCUGUAUUUUCGGCAUAAUCCAAAAGCUAGACGAAAUUGAUGUGCACCUGAACGUGUCGCAUGUUGAUCUCAG